AUGCAAUCUCCUUCCUUCACAUACGCAUCUUCAACCAGUGAUUGUAUGUGUCACUUAAAUAUUGAGGAUCAGGAAUACAUUGAACACAACAUUGUUCUUUCUCUUGCUCCUCCAGGUCAACACCAUGCCUCUAAUCACCCAACACAGCCUAAUCUUGAAAACCCUAAUUAUGUUCACCAUGUCAAUGAUCAACAAGCUGGGGAAGAAACUGUAAUUGGCCCUCCUACUACUGGAGCUAACCCAAACAGUAGUGUUGAUGUUACUAGCCAAGCAAACUAUUGGAUCCCCACUCCAGAUCAAAUCAAUGUCCCGUCGACACAGUUUCCUUGCACUGUUUGCAAUAAAACAUUCCACCGUUACAACAACAUGCAGAUGCACAUGUGGGGGCAUGGUUCUCAAUAUCGAAAAGGCCGUAAUUCAUUAAAAAGGACAAGGCCUAUUUCUUCAGUCCUCAGCCUUCCCUGUUAUUGCUGUGCUGAGGGAUGCAAGAACAACAUCGAACACGCGAGUGCGAAGCCACUUAAGAAUUUCAGGACACUGCAAACACAUUAUAAGAGAAAGCACGGAGACAAGCCCUUUGGGUGCAGAAAAUGUGGGAAGCCUUUUGCAGUCAAGGGAGAUUGGAGAACUCACGAGAAGAACUGCGGGAAGCUUUGGUUUUGUAUCUGUGGGACAAAUUUUAAGCAUAAGAGAUCACUUACUGACCAUGUUCGAGCUUUUGGAGACCACGGCCAUGCACUGCUUCGCCAGGAGUCUAAUUCGUCUGAUGGACUCGAGGGAGAGUGUGAUGAAUCUUUGGGGCAAUCAAUGACAAGGUGA